AUGCUGCACCUCGAACGUCUCUUUCUUCUCGCCACCGUCGCGGGCUCCCUCGCUGUUGCCGAUCAGUGCUGCUUCAAGGACGGCGACGUCAUCUCGCUCCGGUCGGACACCGGCAACUACAUUGGUCGCUGCGACAGCUGUGUCUCGAACGGCGCCUACAAGGACUCGGCGUUUGUGCACGUCAAGACGCCCGCCUCGUCGCCGUGGGCGCAGUGGACCGUCGUCAACACGGGCAACGGCAAGAUCGCUCUGCGCGCCGACUCGGGCAAGUACUUGUCUCGGUGCAACAACUUGACGCCUGCGCCAACGACAGUGACGCCUGCACCCACGACGGUGACGCCUGCUCCAACAACGGUGACGCCUGCUCCAACAACGGUGACUCCUGCACCCACAACGGUCACGCCUGCUCCCACGCCAUCUCCGAUCACGGAAACUCCAAAGCCAACGACUGUGACGCCCGUACCGACGUCGUCCACGCCCAGCACUUGCACCCAGCCACGCGUCCGCAAGUCUUGGUCAUCGCUCUCGGAUGCUGAGAAGACGACGUACAAGAGCGCCAUCGCCAACGCGAUGGACUCGGGUCUCUACCAGCGGUUUCUUUCGAUCCACAACGAACGAAUGGGCAACAUGCAGGCACACAACACGUGUGUCUUCAUCUACUGGCACCGGCAGUUCCUCGUCGGCUUUGAGAACAUGCUUCGGUCGCUCAAACCAGCGUUCGCGUGCGUCACGAUCCCGUACUUUGACUACAUCAACGACAACACCAAGUACAUGGCCGGGACGUGCACCACCAUGAACACGUGCUCGCCGAUCUUGAACGAGCUCGGGAGCGCGACCGCUGGAUCUACGCAGACGAUCACAAUCAACGGUCAGUCGAUCCGCGGCCGCUGCGACGCAACGUCGCCGCUCAACCACUUCAGCCAGUACGAAGGCACGGGCACGAACGGUGCCAAGUGCGUGCCCCGGGGCAUGUACGCGUCGACCUACUUCCCGUCCCAGGUCGGUUUUACGAGCAUCAAGAACGCGAUCAUGAACAGCAACGACGUCGCGAGCGUCAACACAGCGAUCGAGGACUCGGCGCACAACUACAUGCACAACGCGCUCGGCGGCGCGAUGACCAACCCGUUCGUUUCGCCCGCGGACCCGAUCUUCUUCUCGCACCACGCGACGAUCGACGCGCUCAACGCCAUCUACUACAAGUGCCGCGUCGCCCCGAAAGGCUACUCGGACGGUCAGAAGCAAACCGAAGCGCUUGCGUUUAAAGGUUGCACCGUCGGAGGGUCGCCUAUCUCCGCGACGUCCGCCAUUGGAAUGCGUGUUGUCGUCAACGGCCAAACGAUUGAUGUUCGCUCGGAGGCGUCAACCAAGGCUUUCUUCAAAGAUGUGCCGACGCAGUACUACAAGCUCAUCGACAACACGAACCUUGGCGUCAACAGCUACAGCUACGAGCUCAGCGGGCUUCUCGGCGACCUCUACUCCAACUGCGGCACGGCGGGUCUGCAAUCGGCGUCGAGUCUCCGCAGCUUGAAGGAAGAGGCCGCACCGAAGUCGUCGCACUCGUCGACGGGCAGCCUCCAGAACUACAUCGUUCCCAACAGCGGCGGCCACCUUAUCAAGUACAACAGCUGGCGCAAGGCGGUGACCAAGGUGGCGCGCGGGCUGGGGUGGCCGGCGGCCAAGACCGAGACCGAGAUCAACAAGAUGGUCGUCGCGUAUUACCACUACUGCCUUCCUGGCGGCGUCACGGAGCUUAGCGCCGAGUUCAAGGCGCAAUGGCACGUCAAGACGGCGACGUCCAAGCAGACGGAUGUCCUCAACAAGAUCCUCGACGGCUCCGACCCGAUCCAAAUCCCGGGCUGGCAAGCGCUCAACCGACUCCUCGGAUGCGCAAAUGGCCCAGCCUAUUGA